CAAUUUCCCUUUGCCUGGCUCUCGGAGGCAUGGUUGACCAAAGUUAACAAAUCACGUCAUUCGUCUCCAGAAUUACAAAACAUUCACAAGAUCUUAUUGCAACCCAGAAGAGAAAGUAUAGGCACUGAGGAUCUGGUGUUUCAUCCUGACCUCUAUCUUCUUGUCGGCCAAGAAUCCUCUGUUGGCCCCCUCUGCAGUUACCAAGAUGCCUACCGCAAUCGUGACUGGGGCAAACUCCGGCAUCGCCCACGCGUUUGCCAAAAUACUCUGUGAUGAGGGCUACACGGUUUACGCCAUCGACCGGAAUGCGGGCGACGGACUCCAGGCUUUGAAAGCGAAGAAGGCUCACAUUGCUGAAGUUGACGUGACUUCAUCCGAGUCAAUCCAACAGUUCAAAGACAGUCUCGGCGAUACGACGGUGGAUCUGUUGCUCAACAUUGCAGGUGUGACAACCCGUCCUUGCAUCGUGAGACAGGGGGCAUAAGACAGCAAAUAACCAACAGGUUCGAACAGGUGUUGCCGCCUCCAAUGAAGACGACAGCCUCACAACGAGCAAUCUGCAAGUCUUCCAAAUGACGUUUGCAGUUAACACGUUUGGGGUUUUCCUUCUCACACAGGCCCUGUUGCCCAACGUCUUGAAAGCCUCCAAGCCCAAGAUUGGGAUUGUUUCGAGUCGCGUCGGCUCGGUGGGCGACAACAGCUCUGGCGGGCAUUACGCCUACCGCUCUUCCAAGGCUGCCGUCAACUCCAUUGGCAAAAGCAUGGCGAUGGACUUGAAAGACAAGGGCGUCACGGUCAUGCUCUUGCAUCCUGGCUACGUGAGGACUAACCUGUUGCCGAAUGCAAAGAUGCCGCCCGAGACAGUCGAGCCAGACGAGGCGGCAAGAAAGCUGUGGGAAAAUAUUGUCAGCCAGAAGACCAUCGAGGACACGGGCAAGUUCUGGCAUCGUGAGGGAUUCGAGCUGCCAUGGUGAUGAUGCAUUUGGGACAUGUCUCACGCCUGGACCACUGGAUGCCUAUGCUUCGUCCAAACAGUCAACCGAGAAUAGUGAGUGAUCUUCGUCAUGACCGGCAAUCAAAAGAGUAAUUUUAUUGGAUAAAGCUCUCAUUUACAACAAGUAAUACCUUAUCCGUAGC